AUGGUGAUGCAUGGACAGGCGCGAUGUCGGCCAGCUGGCCGUGCGACGGGAACGCUGGCCGUAGGAUAUGCUCUGUUGGCAGCGGUGGGACUGCUUUUAUGGAAGCUGAGCGAAGCAGGUUCUGAGAGCACUUUCGUGGAUGGCUUUUCUUCUGUGCAAGCAGCACAGAGGAAAGCAAGUGAAACACAGGUGCAUAUGCAGGCCCUGAGGGUUCCUGCCGAGAAAAAACACAGGUUCGAAGGAACCACACGAGCGAAGUACUUAAGGCGCCUAAGACACCGCCGGUGGUGUGCGCAGUUUGAGUAUCCUCGCACUUUCGGAUAUGUUCUGAAGUGGAACGAUAAAGCUGGGGAGGGCGUCGUCAUAGACCAGGAACAGACCCAGAAAUAUCUGGUCAUUCGCGAUGAAAUUGGGGCCUCCUACCAUGCUCACAAGACACUGCAAGUGGCAGAGUUCGUGGAGUUUUUUGCGACGGAUGAGAUGGAUGAGGCAUCAGUAUACACAGUGCAGUUUUCAAUUGCGUCUUUGGAUUCAUGUUGA